AUGAAGCAAAUUGAUCCACCCUUCACUUCCUCACGGCAAGCUAGAAUUCAGGCUGCGGGACAAGAGCCUAUUGCCAUUGUGGGCUCUGCUUGCCGGUUUCCAGGAGGCGCGAGCAGCCCAUCCAAGCUAUGGGACUUGUUAAGACAACCACGGGAUGUCCUUCGGACGAUACCUGAAGAUCGCUUCAACCCCGAGGGCUUCUAUCACCCCGACGGCACGCACCAUGGCACCAGCAACGUUACCCAGUCAUACCUGCUUGAAGAGGACCCGCGCGUCUUUGAUUCGGGCUUCUUCAACAUAAAGCCAGUUGAAGCUCACGCCACUGACCCUCAACACCGCAUCCUUCUCGAAACUGUUUACGAGGCCCUGGAGUCGGCGGGCCUGCCCAUGGAGGGUAUGGCUGGCUCGCAAACGGCUGUUUACGUCGGCCAGAUGUGGUGCGACUACAACGACCAUCUACAGCGGGACAUGGACAGCCUGCCCACCUACGCCGGUGUAGGAACCGCGCGUAGCAUCCUGUCGAACCGCAUAUCCCACUUCUUUGACUGGCAUGGUCCGUCGGCCACCAUCGAUACGGCAUGUUCAUCUAGUUUGGUGGCCGUUUACAACGCCGUUAUGACAUUGCGGAAUGGAGACGCUCCGGCAGCCGUCGUUGCUGGGGCCAACAUCAUCCUGACGCCGGAGCCGUACAUCGGCGAGAGCAAGCUCAAGAUGCUCUCCCACGAUAGCCGGUCGCGCAUGUGGGACGAAGACGCCAAGGGAUACGCGCGUGGCGACGGCGUGGCCGCGUUGGUCUUGAAGCCCUUGUCGGCUGCCUUGGCCGAUGGCGACCACAUUGAGAGCGUCAUUCGUGAGUGUCUCGUCAACCAAGACGGCCGAACAGCCGAGGGAAUCACCGUCCCAAGCUCGGAGGCACAGGCUGAGUUGAUUCGGAGAACGUAUGCGAAGUCAGGACUGGAUGCCACGAACGUGGACGACCGUUGUCAGUACUUCGAAGCUCAUGGAACUGGUACUGGUGCGGGCGACCCUAGGGAAGCCAAAGCUAUUGCGACGGCGUUCUUUGGACCAAAUCAUCGGAGUGAUGACCCCUCUGACAAGCUGUACGUUGGCUCUAUCAAAACCGUCAUCGGUCAUACGGAGGGCACAGCUGGUAUAGCAGGCAUCCUUAAGGCGUCUCUGGCAGUUCAACAUGGCGAAAUCCCGCCCAAUCUUCUCUUUGACAAGUUGAGCCCCGCUGUUGCUCCGUUCUAUACCAACCUCGAGAUCGCCACAGAGGUUAAAAGCUGGCCGCUGCUUGCACUGGGUGCUCCUCGCCGAGUAAGCAUCAACAGCUUCGGUUUCGGAGGCACCAACGCCCACGUGAUCCUUGAGAAUUUCAGCAAGAUCACGCCGCAUGACAGCAGCCACCUCGAAAACGGCGAUCCCAAUGGCCACUUGCUGUCUCCGUUUGUGUUUUCCGCCUCCUCGGAAUCGUCGCUGAGGGCUAUGAUCCAACAGUACAUUGCCUACCUCGAGGACAACCCGAACACCAACGUUCGCGACUUGUCAUUCACCCUCUCGAGACGCUCUGUCCUGGCUUGUCGAGUUGCCUUUCCUGCUCAGUCGGUUGAUGACCUAGUGUCAAAGUUGGCUGAGUGGUUGAAGAAGGCUAAAGCCAGCCCAGACGGGCUACAUAGCACGCGCUACUCUGGCGGCGCGGGCCAAAGCCGCAUCUUGGGCGUCUUCACAGGUCAAGGAGCCCAAUGGGCGACCAUGGGAAAAGAACUCAUCACCAGCUUCCCCCGAGUCCGUUCUAUCCUUCUGGAGAUGGAUCGGUCCUUGGCAACUUUACCACACAACGACCGGCCACAGUGGUCCAUUGUCGAUGAACUUGAAGCCGACCAAGGCCGAUCUCGUGUUCAUCUGGCCGCUUUCUCGCAGCCACUUUGUACCGCCGUUCAGGUUGUUCUGGUGGACCUGCUACGAGACGCGGGCAUUCGGUUCAAAGCCGUCGUGGGUCAUUCUUCCGGAGAGAUCGGUGCAGCAUACGCCGCGGGCUUCAUCACGGCGGCCAGCGCAAUCAGAAUUGCAUACUACCGCGGACAAGCCACCGCGCUGGCCGGGAACAACAGGCCGCAAAAGGGGGCGAUGAUGGCCAUCGGCACGACGAUCGAAGAUGCCGAGGAGUUUUGCAACGUCGACACUCUGAAGGGACGCAUCUGGAUCGCCGCAGUCAACUCGCCGUCGAGCAUCACCCUUUCCGGCGACGCCGACGCCAUAGAGGAAGCCCGUCUGAUUCUCGAAGACGAGGGCAAAUUCGCCAGGCUCCUCAAGGUGGACAAAGCCUACCACUCGGAGCACAUGCGUCCUUGUGUAGAGCCUUACCUGCAGGCCAUGACGGACUGCGAUGUCAGACCGACGCCGGAGGCCGAUGACUCCUGCGCCUGGCUCUCCAGCGUGCGCGCCGAUUCCAGGAUGCAGCCGCGGGAUCCGGACCUGGCAGGGCGAUAUUGGUGCGACAACAUGGCCCUCCCGGUUCUGUUUGCCAAUGCUGUGCAGAACGCGUGGGAGCAUCAAGGCCCUUUUGAUGCCGUGGUCGAAGUCGGGGCCCAUCCGGCCCUCAAAGGGCCUUGCUUGGAGACACUGCAGGGACUGAACGAGACAGCAUCCUCUCUCCCCUACACCAGCCUGCUAUCCCGGAACCAGAACGACGUCGGGUCUUUCACCCGAGGCCUCGGGGUGCUCUGGCAAAACCUUAGAUCCGGAUCUGUCGACCUCGAGGGUCUCGAUCGCCGCAUUUCUCCGGGUUCCUCGUCUCCUCAACUCUUGAAGGGCCUCCCAUCUUAUGCUUGGGACCACGAUCGCGUUUACUGGCACGAGUCACGGCUGAGUCGAGCGUACCGCACGCGCCCAGUCCGGCCUCAUCCGCUCCUCGGCACACCCAAAUCAGACGGUGUGGCCAAGGAGCUGCGAUGGCGUAACCUGUUGCGAGUCUCCGAGGUUCCUUGGAUCAAGGGCCAUACUCUCCAAGGACAAGUUGUGUUCCCGGCGGCGGGCUAUAUCGUCACCGCAAUGGAGGCAGCUCUGACUCUGGCAGGAAGUCGAUCUCCUUGCCUCCUUGCAGUCAGCAAGGUGGUGAUCAGUCGGGCGCUUACGCUUGAGGACGACGUCGAAGUCGAGACCCUGGUUUCGCUGUCCAACAUCAACACCGAUGCUUCUGAUGUUGUGACUGCGGACUUUGAGUUCCACGCAUUGCUUCGCCGAGACGCUUCAGAUCUUACUCUCCUCGCCACGGCUUCUGUUGAGUUGACGCUGGGGUCUGCUACAGACUCUGUGGAGUCCUCUGCCGCAUAUUUGCCCUUCAGAGAGCUUGGUGAGCAGCCGAAUCUGCUCCAAGUCGACACAAACGACUUUUACGACUUCUUGGAGGAGGUUGGGUAUGGAUACACCGGACCGUUCCGGGCUCUCAAUACAAUGCAACGCAAGCUGGACUACGGCACUGGAUGCCUGGAGGUGCCGCAGGAAAGCUGGGAUGGUUCCUCUGUCCUCUUGCACCCGGCUUUCCUUGACGCAUCGUUCCAAGCCAUCUUUCUUGCCAUGGGCUGGCCUCGAGACGCGGGGCUAGUUGAGGUCUUCGUCCCUACCGAGUUCCGGAGCGUCAAGGUCGAUGUGCCCAGCUGGAGAGCGGCGAUGGCCCAAACUACUUCAGCUUCCCCGUUGAGGUUUGACUCCAGACUCCGUCAUACUCCAGAGUCGAUCACGGGAGACGUCGAGGUUUUCGCCGCCGCCAACAACACCACCCUCAUUCAGGUUGAGAACAUUAAAGUCGUGCCGUUCUCGCCCGAGGGUGCCGCAUCCUACAGGCAGCUGUACUCCAAGACUGUCUACUGGCCAGUAACAGUCGACGGAGUCAAGGCAUCUGGCAGCCGUCUGCCUACAGACCAGGAGCUGGAGAUGGCCUGGGAUUUGGAACGGGUGGCCAUCUACUUCCUUCGUACCAUCGAAGAGGAGUUUUCCGACCCUGUUUCACGGGAAAAUAUUGCGCUUCAUCAUCAAUACUUCUUCGACUUCAGCAACGACAUCUUGUCACGCGUUGCCAGAGGUACCAUGCCGUACGCUAAGAAGGAAUGGAUCCACGACACUUGGAACGAUGUUGUGGACAUCUUCCAUCGGUAUCCGGACAGUCUCGACCUCCAGCUGAUGCAGAAAGUCGGCAUCAACAUGGCUGCGUCCAUCCGGGGCGAGACUAACUUGGUCGAGAUCUUGUUCAAAGACGACUUCAUGGACAGGUUCUACGCUGGAGCCCUGGGUCUUGACCUCACCAUGGAUUGGCUCGGUCGCAUUGCCGUCCAGCUAUCGCUACGUUACCCCCACAUGAAGAUGCUCGAGUUGGGCGCCGGCACAGGAGGCGCCACCAAGAGCGUCUUCAAGCACAUUGGCAACCAAUUCUCCUCGUACGCCUUUACAGACAUCUCAGCCGGCUUCUUCCCCACAGCGAUGAAUGUCUUCAAGUCACCUAAGAUGGUCUUCAAGGUACUCGAUGCCGAGAGGGACGUCGUCGAGCAAGGAUUCGAGGAAGGGGGUUACGACCUUCUCAUCGCGUCCAACAUCCUGCACGCAACCGCCAAGCUCGAUGACACUCUUCGCAACGCACGACGGCUCCUCAAGCCCGGAGGAUACCUCCUGAUUGCCGAAGUGACUUGCGCCGACGUGUUCCGAGUCCGAUUCCCAUUCUCGGCUCUGCCCGGCUGGUGGCGUGGCCAUGACGAUGGAAGGCCGCUCACAGCGACCAUCGAUACCACCGAAUGGCAUCAAAGACUCGUCAGGACGGGUUUCUCAGGAAUCGACGCCGUUACUCCAGAGUUUGAGCCUCUGGCCUGGCCAUCGUUGAUCAUCUUGUCUCAGGCCAUCGAUGACCGCAUCUCGUUCCUACGCCAGCCUCUGCAUCAUCAACCAUCGACGCUUGCUCCUUCAGCCGAGGCAGACAACGAGGAGAGCCAACAGCAACAACUCGUUCUUGUCGGAGGCCAGACCAUGCAAUCAUGCAGCCUCCUGGGCCAGGUUAGCCGUAUUCUAGCACCGUGGUUCGCUGGCUCGGGGAUCAUCAGGAUCCGCUGCCUUGAGGAUCUGAACAAAUCAGAUGUGCUUGGGCCAAGAUGCGUCGUCAUCAACUUUGCCGACCUCGACAAAGCUGCUCUAGAGGACCUCACGGAAGCGUCCUUGGCCGGUCUCAAGAAGCUCCUCGAGCGUCCGCAUUGUCUACUAUGGGUUACCAGUGGCUGCCGGGAGCAGUCUCCGAAGAUGAAUAUGAGUGUCGGCUUGGGCCGCGUGCUCAUCCACGAAAUGCCUGGACUCCGGCUACAGUUCCUGGACAUGGACGACCCUUUCAGCGCCGGAGCACCCCGGUUCGUCGCCGAGAGCUUCCUUCGUUGGAAGGCUCUCGCGCAGUACGAGUCUGAAGACACUCCCAUAUUGUGGGCGCGCGAGUACGAGUUGGUCCUGGAAGACGACGUGCUCAAGGUUCCUCGCAUCGCGUACGACGACCAGAUGAACCUGAGAUACAACGCGUCGAGAAAAGUAGUCGCACAGAACACUGACGUCAAGGACGUUCCUGUCUACCUUUGUCGUUCCGGAUCUUCCUGGAGGUUCGUCCAGUCACCAGAAGCGCGGCCUGGCUCGUUCGGCCGAGCAAACGCUGGUGACCCGCUCGAUGUAUUCUUCUCUUCAGCUGUCCCGAGCUACGGCGGGCUGUACGCCGCUAUCGCGGAAAACCCGAAAACUCACGUUCCGCACGUCACCUUUUCAAAGGCUAACGGCUCGAUUCUAACGGAAAGCGACGUGACAGCGGAGCUUCCCUUCCACGCUCGAAAGGAAGACUGGGAGGUUUACUUGUCGUCGUUGGUUGUCGACCUCCAAGCCGCCAGUAUCGUCGAUGCCAUCCCUCAGCGCUCUUCCGUCCUUCUCCAUGAGCCAAGCCCCAGCCUGGUCCAGUCUAUCCUCCCAAGAGCCUUGGAAAAGAACAUUGUCGUCACCUGUUCUUCCUCUCCCGCGAGAAAUCCAGCUCCGUCAACAAGCUGUGCUUGGGUCCUGAUAGAAGCAAAUACGCCCGCUCGGGUGGUACGAUCCCAACUGCCGUCAGAUUUGGACGUCUUUGUCGAUUGUCUUCCCGGAACCCGAAACUCUAACUUGCCGGCAUCUCUUCGAAACGCUCUUCCCAGAGGUUGUUGGCAGCUGGACCUUCGCGAAGCCAUUCAUCGCAAGCCUGCUCAUUCAUCCGCCCCGGCCGCGGUACUCUCGGCUGCUGUCACUGGCAUCAACUCCAAACUCGCCGAAAGGGCUGACGUCCAAACAAAGACUCUCCAAGAGCUCGACCUAUCUCAAGACCUAGAAAAUGGGCUCUCGCUGGUCAUCGACUGGCGAUCUGGUUCAACUUCGGUUGUGCCUGCGAUGGUGCCUCCGCUGGAUGCCUACGUUUCUUUCAAGCCAGACCGCACCUACGUUCUCUUUGGACUGACGAGUGAUCUUGGUCAAUCACUCUGUGACUGGAUGGCGGCUCGUGGUGCUCGUCAUAUUGUCAUGACAAGUCGUAACCCGAACGUCGAUGCUGUAUGGCUUUCGGCCAAGGUGAAAGCGGGAGUUUCGAUCAGGGUCUUUGCCAAUGACAUCACCGAUGAGGAGGCGCUCCGUGAUGUGGUCGAUGACAUCCGGAAAACGAUGCCUCCGAUUGCCGGCAUUGCCAACGGCGCCAUGGUUCUUCGCGACAAGCUUUUCCUCGACAUGCCUCUGGAAAACAUGACGCAGACGCUUCACACUAAGAUGAAGGGCAGCAUAUACCUCGAUUCGAUAUUCGGUGACCAGUCCGAGUUUGACCUGGACUUCUUCGUGUUCUUCUCCUCCAUUGCCGCCGUGACUGGCAACCGGGCUCAAUCCAACUACAGCGCUGCCAACAUGUUCAUGACUGCACUGGCCAACAACAGAAGAGCUCGUGGGCUCCCUGCCUCGGUCAUGCAUAUUGGCGCCAUCAUGGGCGUCGGUUACAUGGCUCGGAACCUGACCCGCGCCAUUCUGGACAACCUUUGGAGCGUCGGUGCGACGUGGAUCUCGGAGAAGGACUUCCACAACUGCUUCGGAGAGGCGGUGCUCGCCAGUCGCCCUGGCAAUGGUCUCAAUGACGACCCCGACCCUAGUGAAAAACGAAUCAUUCAACGUACCGACCGACAGCCACCACGAUCGGUUCGGACGUUCUAG